GAAGCGAUAAGACCGUUACGCAAAGAGCUCGAGAAAGACAAGGAUGAGCUGCAACGCACAUCGCACGAGUGUAUGACACUAAUAGAGGAAGUGCUUCUUGAAAAAUAUACGCCCGUUAGUAAAAUGGAAGCUCAAUGUGAUCAAUUUGAAGCAAUGAUUGAUUUGCAAAUUUACGUCUUUAUGGAAUGA